AUGGUCGGGGUCACAAGCCAGGUUCAACAGGUAGCAGACAGCGAGGUACAGAGGGUCAGGCAGAGGGAUGGUCAGGAACGAGCCGGGGUCAGAGCAGGAGAAGUCAGCAGAGAUCAGAUCAGGCAGGGUCAGGGACAGGGACAGGAUGCAGGAACAGGAUGCAAGAUACAGGGCCCAGGAAAACACAUACACCAAGGCAGAGUCUGCAGGUCUGGCCAUCCCUUAAAUACACCAGCAUAAGCAGUUUCAGGUGUUUUGCUGGCUGCAAGGUUGAGUCUCUGAUUGCUGGGAGCACCCGCUGGCCAGCCCUGGUACUGCAGCUCAUAAGGCAGGUGAUACCCACCAUUGCUGGCCAGUCCAUUCCUGACAGCACCCGAUCUCCAAGUUGCAAAUCCUGAACAUUUAUUCUCAAGUCAUAGUUCCUUUGCUGCCCUUCAGCAUCAGGAGCCAC